GCAACACGAUCUACAACAUAGACCAUAUAGUCCCCUUGUACCCUAGAACUCAUCAAAUGGCGUCAAGGAAGAUAACCCUUGCGGUAGGUCUAGUGAUGGUGAUGGUAACCUUGCUAUGGGCUAGAACCAUGGCGGCCGAACCAGACUGUAUCGAUGUGGUAAUCACGAUGGCUCCAUGCAUUGAUUACGUGACCGGAAACUCCUCCACCCCGUCCGCCACAUGCUGCUCACAACUCGCUACCGUCGUUCGCUCUGACGUAAGAUGCCUUUGCAUGGUGCUCAAUGGAGGUGGUCCGUCAUUAGGGGUGGAAAUAAACCAGACGCUUGCUCUGUCACUUCCUAAGCUUUGCAAUGUGAAAACUCCACCUCCUAGCAACUGCAAAAAUGAUGCAAACGGAACUUCACCUUCAGUAUUUCCUCCUGGUUCUCCUCAAGGUUUACCGGAUACCCCAACCAGCAAUUCAUCAACAUCAGGUGGAUCUAAAACAAGAAUAGCUUCUCCAAGUGCUGUUAUCUUGAAAAUUCUACUUCAGUUCACCUUGCUGUUGCUGCCCAUUGCUCUCUAUUCUUCAACUUGGACUAGUAUCUUCUAAGGCUCCUACGGAUCAUGCCUCUAUAAUAUCAUAUAUCCACCAAAACUCAAAUUCCAUCAUAUUAUGCGUAAGUUGUGGAUGGAGUUAUUAGACUCUAAUUUGAUCAAUUUCAAGUUUUUGUAUUUUUAAAUUUUUGAAAUUUCAAUUUUUAUA